CCCCCCCAUCAUCACUGUGUGUUUAUGUGCUUUGUCAGCUGUGUUUGGUCAGUGCCGGGUGCCGCCGAUCUCCCCCGAGCAUAGGGACUUUAACCCGGGACUGCGUUUUAUCAAACUGCCGGGCCACUUUAUCGGUCCUUUGACGCCUGGUUAGUUUCCGUGAGGAGCUUGUAGAAGGGCAAAAUCAACCCCCCACCUGCCCCCCCUGCUUUAGCGAGUUAUUUUGUUGACAAACCAGUCGCGAUGACUUUAAAAUCCAAUAAAAACGAACCGGCGGCCGUAUUUGAACAGGUCAACAGCUUGCGGACAGCCCUCUCCGAUCUCUACCUGCAACAGCUGCUGCAAAACAAACCCAAAGCCGAAAAGGCAGCGACGGCGCAGAUGCACGACUCCAAGAGUGAAGAGGUGUACGCCAACGGCAGCCUGAUGAAUGGCAAAGAGGAGAGCACCAUGCGCGAGGUGGCCUUCGAGAAAAAUCCCUCAGAGCCCAUGGGUGUAACGCUAAAGUUAAACGAAAAACAGAGAUGCACAGUCGCAAGAAUACUGCACGGGGGGAUGGUGCACAGACAAGGGUCACUGCAUGAAGGGGAUGAGAUAGCAGAGAUCAACGGACAGAGUGUCGCCAACCAGUCAGUCGACCAACUUCAAAAGAUCCUGAAAGACACAAAUGGCGUGGUGACUCUGAAGAUUAUUCCCAAGCAGCAAUCCCGCUUACUUACCUGUGAGAUGUACAUCAGGGCUCAGUUUGACUACGAUCCAGCCAAGGAUGACCUCAUUCCUUGCAAAGAGGCGGGGCUGAAGUUCAAAACCGGUGACGUCAUACAAAUCAUCAACAAGCAGGACCCAAACUGGUGGCAAGGGCGAGUGGAAAGCUCGGUGGCCGACUUUGCAGGACUCAUCCCCUCCCCGGAGCUCCAGGAAUGGCGUGUGGCCAGUAAAACCAAAGUGGCCACCGCAGGAAGCCAAUCCUGUAGUCCUUUUGGCAAGAAGAAGAAGUGCAAAGACAAGUAUCUCGCCAAGCACAGCUCUGUUUUUGACCAGCUGGAUGUCAUUUCCUAUGAAGAGGUGGUACAGCUGCCUGCCUUCAAGAGGAAGACCUUAGUAUUGAUCGGGGCAGCCGGUGUGGGAAGAAGCCACAUUAAAAAGUCAUUGCUGACCAAAUAUCCUGAGAAAUUCAUGUACCCAGCACCACAUACCACCAGGCCUCAGAAGAAAGACGAGGAAAAUGGCAAGGAGUACUUCUUCAUCUCCAACGACGAGAUGACCAAGUGCAUCACAGGGAACCAGCUCCUGGAGUACGGCAGCUUCCAGGGCAACAUGUUCGGCACCAAGUUGGAGACCAUCCAGAAGAUCCACGAGCAGGACAAGAUCGCCCUGCUGGAUGUGGAGCCGCAGACCUUGAAACUCCUCCGUACUGCAGAGUUUGCCCCUCUCAUGGUGUUCAUCGCCCCCACUGACAGCGCAAACCAGUCCGAGUCCCUGAAAACGAUCCAGAAGGAGUCGGACGCCAUCCUCAGCAUGUACAGGCACUACUUCGACCUGAUACUGGUGAACAACGACGUGGAUGAGAGCGUGAAAGGGGUGGAGGAAGCCAUAGAGCGGGCGACAUCGACCCCGCAAUGGGUGCCCGUGUCCUGGGUCUACUAACACCUCAUCUGCAAGCGCCGACCCCCAGCCCUACUAUCAGAAUUGAGAACCUUGUAUGAAAUUAUAGGCGUCGCAAUACCUCCACUUACACUCCCCCCCCCCCAUAAUAUCACACAUCCAUCUUGACCUUUAUCUUCAGAGCAACCUCACUCCAUCAUUAAUGUCUAAAAAUUUUAUACGUUAGCGUCCCUUUAUGGUCGAGCAAUAGAUCCUGAAGUGUGCCGGUUCUUACAGCCAAAGUGCCGCAUUACAGACACACAGUUUGCGGCGUAUCACAAGGGUGUGGAUCUCACGUAGCUGGUACCCUGAAGUUCUGGUGCUUUCACGAUGUCCGCCGAGAACGGCCACUCGGCGUGUCUGAAAGGCGACGUGGACCGCAACUGUGAGUCAAUAACACAGCAGAGUUCGGUUGUCCUACUUCACGUUGAUUUUCCCCACUUUUGUCUUUGUGGACGGGAACAUUACAGGGCUAUCUGUGAGAAUAUUUACAUGUACCCAGAAUCUUACACUUCAGUUCAGCUUGUUGUGUUUAUAGUAAAUGCAUCUCAACUCAUGAAACAUACGUAGAAUAUAUACCUCAAGCGAAAAGGCACUUUGAAUUUGUUUAAGACCUCCUGUCCCGAGUCGAAACACCCAUGUAACUGUGGCGUUUACCACUUUCUAAGUCAAAGUUUAGCCCCUGUUAAACAAUAUGAUUGGAAUGGAUACCUGGCCAGAGUUUGUCCGGUUCUUUAAUGUAUUAAAGGACAAAAAUCC